GAGCACUUCUUCAACGAGCGCGAGUACUACACAAAAAAUAGUCGUACCGCGUAGACCAUGGCCGCCAAAGCACUGCUAGUGCUGCUUUUUUUGAAUUACGCUCUCAGCGAAACUACCCCGAGUACUAGUACUACUAGUACUAUCCCUUUGGGCGCUGACGUGCAUCAAAUAGAGUACAGUGAGGGUACUUCCGUGGAGGCUAUCUAUUCUCUACCCCCUGUUAACGUAAGUGUGAGUGGCGCCUGGAAUGGUACUCAAAUUGUGAGGGCGAGUUUAGCCCGAGUUUUGGAUUUCUACAACACGGAAUUACUUUCUGCAAAUUUUCCAAGAUUUAAGAACGGUUUAAGCCAGGGGUGUCAAAAGGAUGUCGAUGCGUACAUACAGGGUUUGUUGACAGCUGAAAAUUGGGCCCUUAAAAUGGACGAUGCAAGUGGUAGAUACUCAAGUGGGUGGUUUUGGGGAAACAAUUACUGGAUUGGAUCCCAAAAUUUGUGUGAGCACAUCAAUCCAAAAAAGCAGAUUAUAAUAAUUUCUCAAAAUCACUCCAGAUCAGCGAGAGCUGCCGAAGCGUCUCUAAAACCACAGAGCCCUGGUUUAACUAUGGGAUAUAUACCAGGACCAGUGAUGUAUACCAAUGGACCGCCCUUUCCAGUCUCUUUUUUCAAACUCAGAUUGCAUCUCAACUCCAGCUUUACUACAGAGGAAAGAAUUCUCCAUAUCGGAUUAUGUUUACCUCAUGCUUGUUCUGCUAAUGAUGCUCAAAAAAUUAUGGAAGAGACGUCAUCAUCUUCUGCUAAUAUGACCGUAAAAGUGGAGCAAGUCAGAUCUGAACACAAUAGAUAUAAUUACUGGACAGAUCCCACUUUCAUUGCCUUAGGGGUUACCACCGCUGGAGUUGUUUUCAUGUUGAUUUUGGGUACAGCGUUUGAUUACUAUUUGGAGCAUCUCAAAAAGUGUAAUAUGAAAGAUAAACAUUUCUCUCAUUUUAACAAACAGCUUGAUAUGGCUAUGCCAGAUUUAAAAGCCAAGAAUGGGCUUUAUGUAGUGAACAACAAUAACACUACAAAUGGUAGCAAUGAUGAUCACAGCCGUAGCAUAGAUAUUAAUAGUAGCAACGCUUCAAAACCGCGUGAAAAUCUUAUGAAUUUUAUUUUAAAGGAACUGCUAUUAUCAUUCUCAGUUAGGAUAAACAUGAGCUACAUCUGUGACCAAACUGUUGGAAGCGAUACCAUAUCAGUAAUUCACGGUUUAAAAGCCAUCAGUAUGGCUUGGGUUAUUUUAGGCCACACAUGCAUCGUUAUUUUCAAAUACUCAGAUAAUAUGGAAUAUAGAAGAAUUGUACAGAAAGAGUUCCUCUUUCAAACAGUGACCAAUGGAACAUUCAGUGUGGACACUUUUUUCUUUUGUAGUGGUCUUUUAGUCUCUUUUCUUUACUUUAGAACAAAUGCUAAAGGAAAAUUAGAUUCCUUGAAUAAAGGUAAUGGAUUUAUAGCGGGGAUACUACACUUCCUUGGAUUGGUAACUUACAGGUUUGCUCGAUUGACAUUCCCCUAUUUAUUCACUCUCGGGGUAGUUGAAGUUAGCAUGAAAUGGUUUGCCUACAACUCAGUAUUUGAACCUCCCACCAGUGACCACAUAAACUGUCCAAAUUAUUGGUGGAGGAAUAUUCUUUAUAUUAAUACACUAUUUCCAGUAGAUCAAAUGUGUAUGCUUUGGAGUUGGUACCUCUCAGAUGACACACAAUUUUAUGUAGUUGGAGCUGUCAUAUUAAUUUUAGCCACAAGUCACUUCAAAAGUGCUGCUGCUUUGCUAAUCACGUUCAUGGUGAGUUCUUGGAUGACUACCGGCUAUAUAGCUUACAGCAAUAGCCAUAUACCUGGCUCUGAUGAUCCUUUAGCGCUUUUCGACAAAAUUUACGACAAACCCUGGACACGUUUAGGACCAUACUUGAUUGGAAUGUGUACUGGAUGGUUACUGUUUAAGAAAAACUGCAAAAUACAAAUGUCAAAGCUCGUUUUAAUCACGGGAUGGACUAUAUCAAUUGGAAUGUUAUUAUCCCUAGUUUAUGGUUUAUAUGAAACAAAAUUAAAUCCUUGGAUGGGAGCUGCUUACAGUUCGUUAAGUCAUUCUGCAUGGGCUCUAUCAUUGGCUUGGAUUGUUGUCGCCUGUAUGACAGGAUAUGGAGGUGUGGUCGACAAAAUUCUCUCAGCUACCAUACUCUACCCUUUCAGUCGAGUAACCUACUGCGCUUACUUAGUCCAUCCCAUAGCGAUCAGAGCUAUGGUAAUGUGCAUGGAUGGACCUUUACAUCUCGGCAGUAUAAUCACCAUAAUUAUUUACCUCGGACAAAUGAUGCUCUCUUAUAUCCUAUCGUUCUUCGUUUCAGUUGCUUUUGAAGCGCCACUCGUCUCAAUGUUGAGGAUUAUUACCAAAGUUGUAACAAUGAGAAAGCCUUUAGCUAUUAGUAAUAUCAACAACAAUAAUAUGAACGUUGUAUCUCAAUGAUGUAGGCUAAGUAUAUGAAUAUUUGUAUAUAUUUAUUUUUGUACUGUAAUGUGUAAGUAGUAUGUAAGGGUUACCGUUAUUUUUUAGUUUUUUAGGAAAAUCUAAAAGAAAAAUAUUAUGAAGAAUGAUAUAUAUUUUAGAACUCAGUACAAACUAUUUUCUAAACAGAUAAAGGACCUCGCAGCACUCCUUAUGGAAAAGUAGUUUAAAAAAGUCCAUGGGACCCAGGUCUGAAAAUCUAUUAUUUUGAAGCUACAACCAUCUGAAGUUAUUGAAUUCAAGUCCUCGGUUUAUGUUAAGUGCACUAAUUCACGGUCACGCGAACGAAAAUCCUUAUUAUUGAAAGAAGAGAGACUCAUUUUUUUUAUGCAUAUUUGCGUGUUGCUUAUGAAUUCAUGAUCAAGAAUAGAUGCAUCGUAUUUUAAUCUUCAGAAAACCUCCGAAAAUUCCUCAGAAAACUGAAGAAGUGCGAAAGAAAAUAUGCUGCUAGUGCGACAUAGGAAUUAUCAUGUUUCAUGAAUGCUUCACACUUAUCCAAAACUGCAGCAUAACUUCAGUUUCGCCUUAUCUUUAGAAACCUACUCAACAGUGGCCAAUCUACGAGAGAGGGGGGAGAAUAGGGGAAUUACUCCCAAAACGGUCCAGAAUUAAAGAAAAAAAUAAAUUAACAUAAACGAUUUAAAUUGAGCAUAGCAUGACCUUCGCUUCUUUUUCUUAUCCGUUCCGAAUGUUGGGGAUCAGCCUGUCGAUCCUAACUUAUUGCUGCUCUUUGGAAUAGUCUGAUUGUAGAUGUAUUGAACCACUUCCUUAGGUUUUGAAGAGGAGAUAUUCUUCUUCAUUCUGGUUUUCUCUUUCCAAAUAUCUUGCCCUGAAGAAUUUAUUGCAACAAGCCACAUCUCUAUUUAUUGCGUAUAACACGGCCAAGGUAUUCCAAUUUACGGUCUUGAUUGUGUUAAUAAUCUGGCGUUCUUUGCGCUCAUUAGUGAAAUUCUUAACCAAUGAAAUUCUUAAAAUGUGUCUGUCACCACAUCUCGAAGUGUUUCGAUUUUUCUUAAAGAAGCUUCAGAAAGUGUCCAAGACCUCUACUCCUCACUAAAUAACAACGAAAAUACAUAGCAUCUGAUGAUAAAGAUUUUGAUACCAAGCGGUAAGUCGUGACUUCUGAAAAGAGACUUAAUCGUUCCGAACGCUGAUCUUGCUUUUCCUGCGUUGUUUAUUUCAGUUUUAGGCUUUGUAAAACAUCAACCCAAUGUUAAGUAUCCUGACAGAUCGUCAGUUAGAGUUAAAACGACAUAUAUGAUGCAUCUAACCGAAAAGACUAAAACCCGAUUAUUCCAUUAAUGAUUGUAAUUCAUAUUUCGCGUUUACUGACUACCAUGUACUUACUUUGUUUUUUUUUUUUCGUAUUGAGAUCAAGUCCAUGUUGCAAACCAUCUAAUUUAUUUGCACAAACUACUGCUUUGUCGGAAUAUCUAAUGGUUUUUAGACGCACUUUAUUCUGCUUGCGUAAAAACGUGAGAUGUUUUGUGCUGCUCUAGCAGCACUUGUUCUAGUUGUUACUCAGUUGUACUGAAGGCAAUUCAGUAGCGGUGGUGGAACAUUUGCCUUUGCGGGAGACUUCCAAUAAAAGACAGAUAACAACUUGCAAUAACUUCCUUUUGUUUUCCUAAGUAUCGAGUUUAUUGGAUUGAAUUUGCCUGUCUAUAGUUUCAGUUUCAUGUCAACUAAUGUACUUUUAUGUUUCAAUAAUUUUUUCUUUACUUCUUGACCGUGUUAUGGGGGGAAUUCCCCUAUUCGAUUUUGAUAGAUCCGCCGCUGUUCAGCAGUUUUCUUAAGAUAAGACGAAGCUGCAGCUAUGCUGGUAUAGGGAUAUGUGUGCUAAAGCAAUCGUGAAAACAUGAUAAUUCUUUUGUCGCUCUAGCAACACAUUUCUUAUCUAACUUCUUCAGUUUUCUGAGGACUUUUCGGGAGGUUUUCUGAAGACUAAAAUACGAUGCAUCUAUGUUGGACCACGAAUACAUAUGCAACACGCAAAUAUUCAUGAAGAAAAUGUGUCUCUCUUCUUUCAAUAAUAAAUAUUUUCGUUCACUUGAUAGUGAAUUAGUGCACUUAACAUAAAUCGAGCACCUGAAGCCAAUAACUUCAGAAGGCUGUUGCUUCAACUUCAAAAUAAUAGUUUCUCACACCUGGGUCCCAUGGACUUUUUUAAUCUACCCACUGAGAACUACCAUUGACCGAACUUUCGUUAAAUUUGACCGCGGCCACUUUUCCGCACUUUUGUUCCGCGGCCUAAUAACCGAGUGUUGCGGGGUUCUUUGCUUUCUCACCAAAGUUUUAACAUAUUUUAUGGCAGUAGCCGGUUACUUGAUGAAAAUACUUGAUGAAACAGAUUCCUGAAAAACAGCUGAUUUCACCAAACCUCGAACUAUACAGGUCGGUGUAACGUAACUAUUUACAUCUUCUUCUUACGAUGCAUUAUCCUUAAGAACGUUGGCAUUUACAUUUGCCCAUUUAAUCUUAUUUGUAACCGCCCUGAACAAUUCUAUGGAGGUCAUAUUCGUCAAUUGUCGUAGGUUUUAAGCUAAGAGUUGCGUGUUCUUCCUGGUCCCCUUUUGCUAUUUAUUUUGCCUUCGAUUAUAAGUUGGAGCAGUUCAUACUUUUGAUUUCUUACGAUGUGACCAAAAUAUUGUGUUUUUCAUUCUUUUAUUAUAAGCAUAAACUCUCUUUUCUUGUUUAUCCUCCGCAAGACUUCCGCAUUUGUUGUAUGGCUCAUGCAUGAUAUUCUGAGCAUUUUACGGUAACACCAGAGUUCGAAUGCAUAGAUUCUUGUUUGUGUUGCUGCUGUCAUUGUCCAGGGUUCGACACCAUAGAGCAAGGUGGAGAAAACAUAGCACUUACGUAUAAUAUUUCUUAAUGAGAUACCCAGCUGGCGGUUGUAUAUAGAACUUUUUGCAUUUUGUAAAACACUGUACGUGCCAUUUCCAGACGAGUCCUCAUCUCUAGUGAGUGGUCCCAAGUUUCAUCAAGAUUACUUCCACGGUACGUUAUUCUUGUUACUUUUUCCAAAUCUGUACAGUCGACAUUGACCUUCAACCUUCUGUUUUGGUGCUUGCUGAUGACCAUCGUUUUUGUCUUCUUUGUAUUCAAUUUCAUUCCAAAUACUCUACAGGCUGUAGCCAUUUGGAUAUAAAACGAAUUUGGACCGCUUUUGAACCGAUUAUAAUAAUUAAUCUAUACAACAAGUUUUGUUCUAAUUUUGUUACUGGGGUUAAAAAAUUGAUCUUAAACAAAUAGUUUAUUCAUUAUUUACUUAUUUCUAUAGUUCAAUUCUCUCUGUCUCCUAUGGCGCUACAGCCCAACUCGGGCCUUGGCCUCCCCCAGUAUCCACUUCCAAGUAUCUCUGUCCCUGGCUGCUCUCCUCCAGUUGUCCACCCUGAAUAUCUCUUUAGCAUCGGUUCUCACUUCGUCUAUCCACCCCUUCCUUGGUCUUCCUGUUGGCCGACGUUCCACCAUAGUUUCGCUAGUUCUACUAGGUGUUCUUUUCAGUCAUGAUCCAUGUUUAUACUCCAUAUGUUGCUAUUGGUCGUAUGAUGUUUUUAUUUAUAUUUUAAACUUUCCAAUGGAUGUAUUUGGAUCCAAACACUGCAACAGAGGGAAGUAUGCUUCGUUAGCAAGCAUUAUCCGUUUCCGUAUUUCCUCCUCUUCGCUGCCAUCCCCAGUUAUCUGUACACCCAGGUAUGUGAGAUGUUUUACUACUUCUAUGUUAGCAUCACCUAUUGUCAAAUUCUGCAAGUUUCCUUGGUUUCUUGCUUGUAUUAGGGGUUUAUUUAGAUUUAUCUACGUUGACGGUUAGCCCUAUUUCUUUCGCAUUUUCUUUAAGCUCCACACAAAGUUCUAUGUCUCUUGCGGUUAUUUCCAUCAAAUUUAUAUCAUCUGGCAACAUGACUCAUGUUGGCAACACUUGCAUUGAACCUGAGGACCUUUUCUUCUCCAUUAGCAAUGCCGGCACUAUUUUGUUCUUCUGUUCUUUUGUUCAGAUGGCGCUAUAAUCGGAAAAAAACCAUUUAUCGUGAUACCAUAGGUAAAUUAUAGAAAAGGUCUAAUAUUUCGAGAAAUAGACUUCCAAAUAUAAAACCAAAAAAUACUUAUUUAAUAUUUUUCAAGAACCUAUCGAAUAACAUUAAACACGACCAUCCACUCCACCCCCUACAGGUGGGGUGGGGGUAACUUUAAAAUCAAAUAGGAAUCCCCAUGUUUUAUUGCAGAUGUGGAUUCCUCAUGAAAAAAUAAGUAACAUUUAUUCGAAACAUUUUUUAGAAUUGUUGAUAGAUGGCGCUAAUAAAUAGUGUUUUUCCGAUUAUAGCGCCAUCUAUCCAUAAUUCGAAAAAAUGUCUCUAAUAAAAGUUACUUAUUUUUACGUAAGGAAUCCAAAUCUGCAAUAAAAAAUGGGGGCUCCUAUUUAAGAUUUUAAAAUUACCCCCCACCUCACCUCCAAGGGGUAGAGUGGAGAGUCGUAUUUGAUGUUAUUCGAUAGGUUCUUGAAAAAAAUUAAACAAGUAUUUUUUGGUUUCUUAUUUAGAAGUGGAUUUCUCGAGAUAUUAGACCGUUUCUAUAAUGUACCUAUAGUAUCACAUAAAUUGUUUUUUUCCGAUUAUAGCACCAUGUAUCCACUUGGUUACUUAUUUUUACGUAAGCAUUCCAAAUCUGCAAUAACAAAUGGGGUUUCUAUUUAAGGUUUUAACGUUACCCCACCCCGCCUCCAAGGGGUGGAGUCGUGUUUAGUGUCAUUUGAUAGAUUUUUGAAAAAUAUUAAAAACGUAUUUUUCAGUUUUUCGAUCCAAGCUUCAUUUCGCGAAUUAUUCGAUCGCCCCAGGCGAUGAGUUCCACCCUGGGCACCAGGUGCCUCGGAGGCCAUAUCCGUCAUGAAAUUCGUGUUCAGUGACCUCCAAAACCCCCAAGUAUAAAAAUUGAACUCGUUUCCAUCAAUAUUUCCCGAGUUCUAAAUUUUUCAUUUUCCAUCUCUUCGAGAUGCACUUUGAAAGUGCAUUUUCUCAUGCACAAAAAUUUUUGCCGGAGAUCAAUUUAGUUCACAAAAUUGCCUGACACUCUCUCGAAUCGAAUGCAAAAAGUUGCAUGACGAUUCAUCUUACUGCACAAAAUUCCUAAGUUUUGGGCUUUUUAGUGCUUCGUUGCUUCGCCUAUUAUACUAAAACAAUCACAAUAAAUAUAUUUAAUGCUAGCACCAUCUGUUAUCAGAUCUAGUUUUCUUUUAAUUUCUUAUUUCUUUCUUUUAACGUUUUUAACGCGCCAACAUUACAUUUUUAUUGAUGGCCGGGUACACAUACAGUACUGUUUAUUACAUUUGCUUUGUUAAUGCCUAAUUUUACCUAAUCAUCUCGUCCUGGGACGGACCUCUAGUGCUACUAUAACAAAACAUAAAAUAUACUGCUUUUAAUUUCCAUAGAGUAUAGUCAAAUUGACAUGGUUCUCUGAAGCAUUAACUUCCUUAGAAGAAUAAUAAUUUUAAACUAACUAAUUAGGUACAUUUGUGUGCAAAAAUUUUGUCCACCUAGUAGAAAGUUUUAUUAAAAAUCAAUGGGAAAGUCCCAGUAUCUGGCUGUAUACCAUAAUUAAAAAUCAUACAGAACAAGCAAAAACUUCGUUUGUAUAAUGGUAUAAAAAGUUUAUUGAAAAACUAUUAAAAAGUCAUCCAAAAGGAUUCGCAAAACGUUUUCAAUCUAGAUCAGAUCAUCUUCAGUGCGUUCUGCUUAGUACAUGAAACUAGCAACCUUAUAUAAUAGGUGACAUCAAGAAAUAUGAUUUACAUUUUUAAAAACUGAUGUUAGUAGCGACUCUAAGUCGAUGUUAAACGAUAAAUUUAAGAGUGCUCAAAGCGCAACAUGAUUCACUGCUCGAUGGUAACGUGAACGGUUGGUCUGUGUCCAUCGAACUGGCAAGUACCACACGUUACCAUCGAGCAGUGAAUCAUGUUGCCCUUUGAGCACUCUUAAAUUUAUCGUUUAACAUCGACUUAGAGUUGCUACUAACAUCAGUUUUUAAAAAUGUAAAUCAUAUUUCUCGAUGUCACCUAUUCUAUAAGGUUGCUAGUUUCAUGUACUAAGCAGAACGCACUGAAGAUGAUCUGAUCUAGAUUGAAAACGUUUUGCAAAUCCUUUUGGAUGACUUUUUAAUAGUUUUUCAAUAAACUUUUUAUACCAUUAUACAAACGAAGUUUUUACUUGUUCUGUAUAGUUUUAUUACUUUUUACUAACCUCACUUAAUAGGCGCCUUGGGCCCACACUAAAAAAUAUGCAUUAACUUCCUCAUAUUACCAUUUUUAUUCAGUUACUCAUGGCAAAUCGGACAACUUUUCUAUUUCGAAAAAUUUUCGGGAGGGGAGCCUUUCGUAAAUAUAGUCCUCCGUAAAUAUAUUGUCUUCAGUCCGACAACUGAAGUAAGUAUCCUUAAAAUUUUGUCGAACAAUAUUAACAAUUAAAUGGUAAAUAUUUUUAUCAAACAAUCUUGAAGGUAUAAAUUAUAGGACUCGUUAGGAGUCAUAUAUAACAUCAUGAUAAAUGAUGAUGUGUUUGCAGAAUUGUUUGAGAUAAAAAUACUUAUUUACCGGUCAUAUUUGUCCGACAAAUUUUUAAGGGUACUCCAGUUGUCGAAAGCACCAAAGUUUAGAAACCACUAAACUUUGGUGUAUCCGACAACUGGAGUAUCGUUAAAAAUUUGUCGGGCAAUAUUACCAGUUAUUUGUAAAUAUUUUUUACAAACAAUUCUGCAAAAAUCAGCUGUGAGGGUAUAAAUUUUAUUGUGAGUCAUAAAUGAUGAUUUUUUUUUUCAGGAAUGUUUGAUAAAAAUACUUACAAUUUACUGGUAAUAUUGUCCGACAAAUUUUUAAGGGUACUCCAGUUGUCAGAAGCACCAAAGUUUACAAACCUCUACUUACAAAACGCUCCCUCUCGAAAAUUUUCCGACAUAGAAAAGUUGUCCGACUCGAUAUGAAUAACCGAAUAAAAAAAGUCUCAUGAGGGAAGUAAUAUUUUUUUAAGUGUGGACCUAUAAGGUCUAUCACUAAAUUGCCAUGAGACAGGAAGUCACUGUUUCUAAAGGGAUAUUAUUUUUCAUUUUAUUUUUAACGAUUUUUAGUAUUUUAAGUACAUACUUAGGUGUAGAAUGAUAUGUAUGGUUUGUUAAGUAAUCUUAGAGUUUGUAUGAGCCUGAUGAGAGUAUUGUUAAAUAAAAAACAAAAAGACUAGAUAUUAAAACAUUGUGAUGUAAGAUGAUAACUUAUGUUUUAAAUAUAACUUGAAAAAUAA